AUGACCCACAUUCCAGAUCAGCUACUGCAAUACCCACAGCAUUAUAGUAAUAACAAUAAUCAUCAAUGGAUUAUUGUCGAUGAAUCGUCCUCAAUUUCAUCCCCGAAUCAACGAGCCAACAGACCCGCACCACCGAUACCACUCAUUAAAGUACCUUUUCCUCCUCUGGUAAACCCGGAGGAAUUAAUAACCAGGCCGAGGAAAGCAAAAUCGAAGGCACCCACAAAACCUCCCAAUGCAUUCAUGAUUUACAGAAUGCAAUACGUCAAAGAGCUUCACGCGAGGGAGCACCGACUACCCAUGAGGAGUGUUUCGGCGGCCGUAGCCAGUUCGUGGAGGGGAGAGCCGGAACACGUG